AUGGCGGUCUCAAAUGUCCUAUCUAGCUUCAUGGGCCACUGUAUCUUUUCGUACUGCAUCUUUGUCUUUGUCGUUAUCCUCCAGGUGCACAUAUGGGCGCGAGUGAUUCGAGUACAAAGGUCCUCACUAUCCCGGAUUCCCGGUCCACGAUUCGCCAAAUGGUCGCGUCUCUGGAUUGCCAAAGCCAUCUCGACCGGCCGAAGUCACGAGAUCUGGACCGAGACGAACAACAGAUACGGGCGCAUGGCUCGUAUAGGCCCGAACCAUGUCGUGACUGAUGACCCAUCCAUCACGCGGCGUGUCCUGGCCGCACGGAGCGGGUAUAGUCGCAGCUCGGCCUUUGACUCGCUAAGAAUGGAUCCUGAGAUUUCGAAUAUUGUCAGUGAGAAGGAUGGGAAGAAACACUCCUCGACAAGAGCCAAAUUGGCGCCUAGUUUUGCCGGUCGUUCACUGGCGACAAUUGAGCCCAUGAUGGACGAGCAAGUUCUUGUAUGGAUCGAUUCCCUCCGCCGUUCCUCCUCCCAGGUAAUCGACAUUGGUCAAAAGAUCCAAUUCCUCACCGUGGAUAUUAUUACACGCGUUUGCCUCGGCGAUGCCGUCGGCUGCGUUCGAAAUGAUCAAGACAUGUUUGGACUUCUCGAAACUAUCGAAAUAGGGAAUCAGGUUGCACAAUAUUUCUCUGUGUUCACCGAACUCUGCACGUUGCUAUUUUCUCUGUCGCGAAUCCCAUUCCUGAAGAGGGCCAUAUUCCCCAAAGUGACCGACUCUCACGGUGUCGGGCGGGUAAUGGGCCUUGUCCACAAAGUUGCCGCAGGCCGGUCAGAGGACAAGAGAGACGACCUGGUGAGCGCGCUCAUCGGCCGCGGCAUGCCGACUGAGCAGAUCGACUCCGAGGUCAUUGUCACGCUGGCAGGCGGAUCCGACACGACGUCGACAAGUGUACAGAGCACGCUGCUCUGCAUUGCCAGUAACCCCCAGGUCUACGCCGCCCUGCGAUCGGAAAUCCGCACCGCGCUCCAAGAAGGAAAGAUAUCGACACCGAUCCGGGACGCCGAGGCAAAGCAGCUGGUCUAUCUACAGGCCGUCGUCCUGGAGGGCCUGCGCAAACACCCUCCCCUGUCCCAGCUGCGCGAGCGCGUUGUUCCCGCCGGUGGAGACACGUUGGGUGGCUUUCAUCUCCCCGCCGGCACGUUCGUCGGCUUCAACGGAUGGGGCACGCAGCUGAAUACUGAAGUUUAUGGUGAUGACGCUAAGCUCUUCAGGCCCGAGAGGUGGAUUGCCGCGGAUGAGGACAGGUUGAGAGAGAUGCAUGCAUGCCAUUCAUUGAUCUUUGGACAUGGUGCGACAAAGUGUCUCGGGAUGGGCAUGGCCAUGAUGGAGAUACCAAAGGUGAUUUUUGAGUUGUUGCGCAAUUUUGACGUUACCAUUGCGAACCCGCAUAAGCCGUGGACAAGCCAUUGCUAUGGUAUCUUCCACCAGAAAGGGUUCUGCGUCGUGUUGAAGCCAGUUGGCGAGCGGGACGAGCCACCACCAGCUUAUGAUGGCAAACUGCUUGACUAG